AUGCUGGAGGAGGAACUAGAGAUAGCACUGAAGGUGAUUGUGGUCGGCAAUGGGGGCGUUGGCAAGACGUCGAUGGUGCAGCGAUACUGCAAGGGUAUCUACACGAAGGACUACAAGAAGACGAUCGGUGUGGACUUCCUCGAGCGGCAGAUCGAAAUCGACGGCGAGGACAUCCGGAUCAUGCUGUGGGACACGGCCGGCCAGGAGGAGUUCGACGCCAUCACCAAGGCGUACUACCGGGGCGCGCAGGCGUGCGUGCUCACGUUCAGCACCACCGAUCGGGCCUCGUUCGAGGCGAUCCGCGAGUGGAAGCGGAAGGUGGAGAACGAGUGCAGCGAAAUACCGACCGUGCUAGUCCAGAACAAGAUCGACCUGAUGGAAAAGGCCGUGGUGUCGUUCGACGAGGCGGAUGCGCUGGCGCACACGCUCGGCUGCCGGCUCAUUCGGACCUCCGUGAAGGAGGACGUCAACGUGGCGACCGUGUUUCGCUACCUGGCUACCAAGUGCCACCAGAUGAUGAAGCAGCAGUACAGCCAGUCGGCCCCGAUCUGCCAGCCGACGAUCAGUGCCUUUAGUCCGACGUUUCAGUCGAAAGCCGCCAACAACACCAUCACCCUGACGAGGCCAUUGGUGAAGCGCAAGCCGCUGCAGAAGCGAUGCGGCAUCUUCUAGGGGUCGCCGAUUUUGAGAGGUCUCGGCUGUGACCUCUGACAGUUUCUAGUGAUUUCCUGGAGCAGUGGGUCCAGGGUCCAGUCCCUUUGGUGGGCUUUCGGGUGUAGAUUAAGUAUACGUUAUUGUUUUUUUUUAGUAGUUACUACAAUGCAUCACCGACAAGACUGAUGCUCCUCAGAUAACCUCUGUAUGACCUGAAUACUCAUUGCAAUCUUUGCAAAUUGUCUCUCCAUGUCUCUGUCGCUCGGUUCCAGAUAAUGAAGGUGACUGAAAGCUAGACAAAAAUUCAAGCUUCUCUAUUUCUAAUAAUGCCCAAAAAUGUUGCAGGCAUGAAAAGCAGUCUGAUUUAUUGCCUGCUCGUGAUCAUCCUUCCAGCAAACAAGUAAAUUCACGUACAUCCAGUGGCACAAGGAUAAUCGAAAAUCAAUUACCAGACGUUUUCAUUCCGUUACUCACUAUCAAAUACCAAACCAUAUCUGGUAUCAAAUGAAGAAAUCAGAGCAAUUGGUAUUUCGUUUCUACAACUUCUAACUGCGCAUUUCGCAAGUAUUGUCCCAUAAUCAAAAACAAUGUAAUACAUUCCAGAAGCCAUUAUCGUUAGGCAGAUCAUAAAAAGUGCGUCAAUUAAUUGAACUAGGGCAGGAACCAACCCACUACAAACCGUUCCAAAAUAAGUGUGCGCAUCUAACGGAACAGCAGGUUACAUAA